UAACGCGUGCUUGGCAGCGAAGAUGUUUUUUUUUUGUCGGGAACACCCGUGUUCAAAAACCGACGGUGACGACGCCGUCAAAGUCACAAGAUCCCGCAUCGUCAGCGCCUUCUGUUUACACUCGUCAAAUAUAUAACAACAGAAAAGUACGAUCGGGAUUUAGUUGGUCCGACGCCGUCGCGAUGUUGUAAGUUUUUGCAUAAAGCUUAUCUUAUCUCUCUCACUCUCUCUAUUAAUUGCAAGGAUAUAAAAAUCCAAGGUUUUACACGCUCGGGAGCGCAGUGUUUGUAAACUUAUUGCCGAAGGUCAACCGAAAUGGACCAGACCAAGAUUAUGCAGAGGCUCGAGUCUUACGAGUCUCAGAUCUCCAACACGAAUGACACCAAGUCCGACGUUUCAUACCACAGAAUGAAACAAUCGUUGCACAACAUGUGGUCGACGGUGUACUCAACGGACAACAGCGGUACGAGGACAGCGAACAUCAAGAGGAUACAAGAGUGCCUGUCAAAUUUGGAAAGGAAGGUGACCAAGAACGAGCAGAAGAAGUACAUGAACUAUUACAGCGGACACGCUGGAUUCGAGGGUGCUUCCAACAGGGGCGCCAAAUGUUGCUGAUUCAGCCGAGUGUGUGCCAAGUGAUGAUAAAGACUCGCUACUUAUCGAGAUAAAAAAUCCCAACGAUACAUCCUUUUGUGCCGGAUAGAGAUAAAUCGCUGAAACGAACGUGUCAGCGCACUCGAGCUGGCAAAUACUGCUGCAAUUAUCUGAUUACUUCGUUAUUAAUGUGGCGAUAAAUCACUAUUAAAAAGUACCGUCAUUAAAAUUAUUUAUUUAGAUAACGAAUUGUUUGAAUAUUUAUCUGGCGAAACUGAAACCUCGCGUAACAUAUUCGUUUUUUGCUUUUAUAAAGCACCACCGCACGUGAUGUUUAGCGUAAUGUAAUUUAGAGGAAUAUGUUUAUUCGGCAAUCAGAAAUGUAAAAUAAAUUAUUGAGUUAUGCGU